AAAAAAUUUAGUCUCUAGUCAAAGGUCUUCAGUAUCAAGUUAUUAAAAAUGAAAAUAAAGUUUACGGUGUAUUUCAUUUUUGCUGCAAAUUUUUUAUUUUCGUCAAUUUUAACCGAUGGAGGAAUUUAUGUACAUAAUGUUACGCAUGAAUCAGUCAAAUUUGCUUGGAAUGGUGAAGAUAAAUUCACGUAUUUAAUUAUCGUUCACGAUAUAACAAACAUGAAAAGUAAGCACACUUUUGAAAUUAACGAGAGCAGAUCUUACAUGCAGUACGUGAUCGUUAAUCUUAAUCCCGAAUGUAAAUAUGUAUUAGAAAUUUUGGGCUAUAAUGAUGAGGGAGAUGUUAGGAGAUUUUUGAGUAAAGAAAUUACAACUGCAAGUCUACCAGUUAAAGCGGCCAAGAGACGGCGAAUACACAGGGUUUCUUAUAAAGAUUGA